AUGUCCUCGACUGCUGGUGAUGGUGAUAGAAAUCACCUUUUGCUCGAUAAAAUGGAUUUAAAAGGGAAAAAUAUUGUUAUAACAGGUGCUAGUAGUGGCAUUGGUGAACAUAUUGCAUUAACAUUAGCAAAAGAAGGAUGUAACUUGGCAUUAUUAGCUCGUACCAAAUCAAAAUUAGAUCAGAUAGCUGAGAAAUGUCGUUCAUCUUCAUCUCAAAUCAAAAUUCACGUCCUUCAAUGUGACAUGUCUGAGAAGCUGAGUGUUGAUGAAACAUGUAAACAGAUUGGCAGUCUCUUUAAUAAUGAGGUACAUGUUUUAAUAAAUAAUGCCGGUAUAAUGGGAGAACAGAUUAGUUCAAUGGAAGAAAAAACAAAGGGUGAUGGUGAGAAAGAUGUUGUUGAUAUGUGGGAAGAAGUGAUGAUGGUUAAUUUAGUUAAUCUAAUGAGAAUAACAAACAGAUGUUUACAAUUUAUGAAGAAAAUUGAACAUGGUGCUGCAAUUAUAACAAUAUCUUCGGUGGCUGCAACAAUGACUGGUAGUAACUUGUCUCACUAUCAUGCAAGUAAAUGGGGAGUUAAUGGUUUUCUAGGGUCAAUUUAUGAAGAUGUACGUCAGUAUGGUAUAAAAGUGUGUUCAAUAAUGCCGGGCAUGGUUAAUACACCAAUGUUAGGUGAUUUUAUGAAUAAAGUACAUGUAGAAAAAUGUAUACAACCAGAUGAUAUUGCACAAGGUAUCCUUUAUGUAUUAAAAACACCGUACAAUAUAGACAAUGUUUUAAUUAAAUAUUCUUUUAAACGUCAGCCAGUUUGUUAUACUAUUUUGAAUAACAUUAUGUCCGGAUAUACAAAGCAGUUUGUUGAGAAUAAAAUUAAACAACGUCAAAUAAUGAUGUUUUCAAAAAGCAAAGAUCCCGAUUGUAUACGAGCAAAACAAAUCAUUGAACAAUAUCAAUUACCUGAAGGAUCAUACGAAUGUCUUGAUAUUGAAAAACGUCAAGAUUGUCGUCAAAUGGAAAAUUAUUUUCAAAUACUGUGUUUAACUGACAGACGAAAAGUACCAUAUUUCUUUUUUAAUGGACUGUAUUUUGGUUCAUUGUUUGAAUUGAAUAUUUGUCAUCAAAAUGGUUCACUCAAACAAUUAGUACUUGACACUUGUGCUUCAUGA